UUCAAUAAUGACCAAUUCUUCUUCUGUGCUCACUCAACUCCAACAGUUGGGAUUAGGAAACAUUUCAAUAGACAGUUUGAAAGAAGAAACAGCUCCAUUUCCACUCUUUUUACAACUUGCAGCCACUUUGUUGGAUGAGUGGAGCUAUCUUUCUAUUCAUGCACAGGUAUUGGAUCAACACUUAACAGAGUCUCCUUUCCAUUACGAUGUGAACCAACCAUUAGCUCAACUUGAACAAGAAUGUUUACAACAUAUUGCUUGGUUGAUGGAGAUUCCUGUCAAAGAUAUUCGUUUGGAGUCCACACUCACUAGGCUACAAGUGUUGCACUUUUUGGCAACCGAAUUGGAAGCUUGCAAGUUGUCCAUCGUGGAUAAAGAGACUAUUCCAAAACAACCUCAAAGUGUAUUAUGUACGACAAAGGAUAGUUCGAGUCAUUGGAUGACCUUUUAUUUGGAUCAAUUAUCUGCUUUACUGAAAAGAGGGUUGGUUCAAGAUGCCAACCAAGCCAAAACAUUGAUACGACAAGCCAAAGAAAGAAUUGGAGAUAUUUUCUCACUUUUUACAACAAAGACGCAUAUACAGGAAUAUCUUUCCAAUCCAAUGCAUCGAAAAAAGAUACAAGAAAUAAACUCCCUUCUAUAUCUCGAUUACAAGAAUAGAAGAGAGUUGUUGAUUACUCGGUUUCAAGCAACAUGGGAAUGUUUCCAAUCGAGUGAAAGAUGGACAGGUUGUUGUAAGAAAUAUGAACUUUUCGAACGCAUGUUUUGCAUUUAUGAUUUGUAUUUUAUGACUCGAGAAGAUGGCAAGUCAAGCCAUCUGUUUUCAUCAUAAUAUUCUAGUUAGUCUCUCUCUAUGAAGAAGAAAUGACAACUCGUAGAAUAUCAAGUCAUUCCUUGUUGUCAAAUAGGAAGAAUAUUGGAAAUAUUUGGAAUCGAUUUCUCUCGAAAGUGUUUUGUAUAUCACAUCCAUCCAGUUGCUUAGUAGAAAACAAAAUGACAAUUUCAUAUUCUUGUGUUGUAUAACAUA